CAGAGGAAGACAAUCGGUGCGACGCUACGAAGCGAGGGCCGGAACUCGGGUUUUGGACUUUCAGCCGGAAGCGAGGAAGGCGGGGCUUCUCUAGGCGCGUGACCCGCCAAGGGGGAGGAUUGUUUUGGGGAAUCCGCGCCGAGCGGCUGCGGUGCGGACGGAUGUGUUUGCUGGGAGCACUCGGAAGGGAAGACUAUCGCUGUGACACAGCAGAGGUCGCGCCGAGCAGGACGGCUGACGGUGUGGCACCGGCGCACGCUGAGGGAGCCGGUGGAACCCGGUGGCCAUGGGGAUGUGGGCGUCUCUGGACUCGGUGUGGGAGAUGCCGGCCGAAAAGCGCAUCUUUGGGGCCGUUUUGCUCUUCUCCUGGACGGUGUAUCUCUGGGAGACCUUCCUAGCACAGCGGCAGAGGCGGAUAUAUAAAACAACAACUCGGGUACCACCAGAGCUGGGGCAGAUCAUGGAUUCCGAAACCUUUGAGAAAUCUCGACUGUAUCAGCUGGAUAAGAGCACAUUCAGCUUCUGGUCAGGACUCUACUCGGAGGUUGAAGGCACUUUCAUUCUUCUCUUUGGAGGAAUCCCUUAUCUCUGGAAACUCUCUGGACGGUUCUGUGGUUAUGCUGGCUUCGGGCCAGAAUAUGAGAUCACUCAGUCCUUGGUGUUUCUGUUGUUGGCUACACUUUUCAGCGCAUUGACUGGUUUGCCAUGGAGUCUCUAUAACACGUUUGUGAUAGAAGAAAAACAUGGCUUCAAUCAUCAGACUUUAGACUUCUUCAUGAAGGAUGCAAUCAAGAAAUUUGUUGUGACUCAGUGUAUUUUAUUGCCUGUGUCUUCACUUCUUCUUUACAUUAUUAAAAUUGGAGGAGACUAUUUUUUUAUUUAUGCCUGGCUGUUCACAUUAGUUGUUUCCCUGGUCCUUGUCACAAUCUAUGCGGAUUACAUUGCUCCUUUAUUUGACAAAUUCACACCUCUCCCUGAGGGAAAGCUUAAGCAAGAAAUCGAAGUGAUGGCAAAGAAUAUUGACUUUCCUUUGACAAAGGUGUAUGUUGUAGAAGGAUCUAAACGCUCUUCCCACAGCAAUGCUUAUUUUUAUGGCUUCUUCAAGAACAAGCGAAUAGUCUUGUUUGACACCCUGCUAGAAGAGUACUCUGUACUAAACAAAGACCUGCAGGAGGAGGCUGGCAUGGAACCCCGCAGUGAUGGAGAAGGGGACAGUGAAGAAAAAAAAGCUAAAGUUAAAACCAAGAAACAAGGAUGUAAAAAUGAGGAGGUGCUUGCUGUACUGGGCCAUGAACUGGGGCACUGGAAGUUAGGACACACAGUCAAGAAUAUCAUUAUUAGCCAGAUGAAUUCGUUCCUGUGUUUUUUCUUGUUUGCUGUGUUAAUUGGCCGGAAGGAACUUUUUGCUGCAUUUGGUUUUUAUGAUAGCCAGCCUACUCUUAUUGGACUACUGAUCAUCUUCCAGUUUAUUUUUUCACCUUAUAAUGAGGUUCUUUCUUUCUGCCUGACAGUGCUGAGCCGCAGAUUCGAAUUUCAAGCUGAUGCAUUUGCCAAGAACCUGGGGAAGGCGAAAGACUUAUAUUCUGCUUUGAUCAAACUCAACAAGGAUAACCUGGGGUUCCCUGUUUCGGACUGGCUGUUCUCCAUGUGGCAUUACUCUCACCCUCCACUGCUGGAGAGACUGCAGGCUCUGAAAGCGACAAAACAGGACUAAGAUGCCUGGGGCUGCCACCCACGUCGCCCUCAUGGUUUCUGGCCUGGCAGCAUGUUCCUGCUCUUGAUAUUUUUAGACUUUUUUAUUUUUAAGAGAAUAUAUUAAGUAUGGAAAAGCCCAGAUUUAAACACAUUUACUAUCUCAUUUCAAAGAUAAUUUUAAUAAUCCAUUUCUU